AUGAGUACUGCAAGCUGGCUCGAAAUUCCUUCGGGAUCCCACUUCUCACUGGCAAAUAUCCCAUUCGGUAUCAUCACAACGCCUGCCUCAGCUGAGCCUCACGCUGCAAUCGCCAUUGGAGACCACGUUCUUGAUCUAUAUACCUUCGCGGUUAACAGCGGCUUUGCAGCCCUACAGAAUUUCACCCCGGAGCACGCGAAGCUUUUCUCCCAGCCAACAUUGAAUGAUUUUGCUGCUACUGGACAAGGAUUCCAUCGUUACAUUAGAGGAUAUCUCCAAAAUGUCUUCGCACUCAACACGACCGUCCCUCAGGUUCUCAAGGACAGCAAUACUGCGAGAGAGGCUGCAUUGUUCCACAAAAAGGAUGUCAAAGUCUAUAUUCCCAUGAAGAUUGCGGGAUACACAGAUUUCUUCGCUGGAAGAAACCACGCCUACAACUGCGGCUGUAUCUUCCGAGACCCCCAAAAGGCGCUUCAGCCAAACUACCUCCACCUCCCCGUUGGCUACAGCUCGAGGGCAUCCUCUGUUGUGGUAUCUGGAACACCCAUUAGACGGCCUCUGGGCCAAUAUUUGGCAAACAAAAUGGAUACUGCGUCCCAGUUUGGGCCAUGCAGGAGACUUGAUAUCGAGCUCGAACUGGGAGCACUUUUGUGCAGAGGCAACGAAAUGGGAGAGCCAAUUCCAGUUGAUAAAGCCGAAGAGUACAUCUUCGGCUUUGUUAUUUUGAACGACUGGUCAGCCAGGGACAUCCAGGCCUGGGAAGCCGUGCCUUUGGGUCCCUUUAACGCGAAGAAUUUUGCGUCCAGCAUCAGCCCCUGGGUUAUCUUGAAAGAUGCCAUCGAGGGAUUCCAUGCUAAAGGUAUCCCCAAUGAAACCCAGCUGCAUCCAUAUCUGCAAGAAUCACGCCUGAAUAAUGUCUAUGACAUCAACCUGGAAGUGGAAAUCAAAACUGCCGAUGGGAAGGUUGCAACUUUUGCGCGCACCAACGGCAAGAACCUUGUUUUCUCAUUUGCGCAAAUGUUGGCACAUCACACAAUUGGUGGCUGUCCCAUGCAAGUAGGUGAUCUUAUUGGAUCAGGCACUAUCAGUGGCACCGAGCCUGGAAGUCUUGGUUCAUUCCUCGAAGCUUCUGCUGGGGGUACUCGUACCUUUGAGCUUGAAAAUGGCAUUCAACGAACGUUUCUACAGGAUGGAGAUACUAUCUCCAUCCGGGCUUGGUGUGGCAAGGAUGGCUCCCCGCUGGUGGGGUUCGGAGAGUGUGAAGGAACGAUCAAGCCAGCCCCAACGCUGUAG